AAUGAUGGAUGGCAACCCUCAUGGUGUCAAUGAACUGAUAGAGCACCAUGUAGACCUCGAAGAUGAUAGCAUCAACUUUUGGGCGACGCUGGGUGUCAGUCCCCAUGUCGUGGAGCCCGAGCAACACUCAAUCCCACCACACCACCAUAUGGAGCAACAACCACCUCUUGAGAUGGUUGAGCAGUCUGUCCGAAGGGAGCUGUUUGCACAGGAAGGGGAUCCAAGGCUGGAUCCUUUUGUGGGUAUGGAGUUUGAAUCAGGGGAGGCUGCAAAGACAUUCUAUAUUGCAUAUGCUAGCCGUGUUGGGUUCUCUGUUCGCAUUGCACGGUCCCGGCGAUCAAAAUGCAAUGAGUCUGUGAUCAUGUUGAGGUUUGUUUGUUCGAGAGAAGGGUUCAGCAGGGAGAAGCGCAUCAUUGCUGGCAAGAAAACAAGGAAAAGGGCAGCAUCCAUAAGGGAAGGGUGCAAGGCUAUGCUCGAAGUGAUUCGAAGAAGUGAUGAGAAAUGGGUUGUGACAAAGCUCGUCAAGGAGCAUAAUCAUGAAGUUGGGAUGCCAAGCAAAGUGCAUUAUAUUGCCACAGAAGGAGAUGCUGUGAUAGAUCCAUAUCAUGGUAUGGAGUUUGAAUCUCUCGAGGCAGCAAAGACGUUCUACUAUGCAUAUGCUAGCCGUGUGGGUUUUGAAGCUCGUGUUCGGCAGUCUCGCCGUUCGUUGCAUGAUGAGUCCCUUAAAAUGUUGAAACUUGUCUGCUCAAAGCAUCGGUACCAUUCAGGAAGGGACAACAAUGGUGAUGAUAACACGAAGUUGCAAAUUCAAGAUCCUAAUAAAGAAGGUUGUGAGGCAUUAUUUGAGAUAAUUCGGAAAGAUGGCGAUUUGUGGGUGGUUUCUAAACUUGUGCUGGAGCAUAAUCAUGAAUUGACAUGUUCGACACCAAGCAAGGUGCGGUGCAUUCGGUCACAAGGAGAGAUACUUGUUAUUUCAAAGAACUUUGAUGAUACUCGCAAUCUUCUGUUAAAUGGUCAGGACUCACAGUAUCCUAGGGAGAUUCAGUACAAUGACUUGGGUCCAGAUGAUGCUCAAAAUCUUCUUGAAUAUUUCAAGAAGACACAAGUGGAGAAUCCUGCAUUUUACUAUGCAGUGCAGGUUGGAAACAACAAUUGCAUGACCAACAUUUUCUGGGCUGAUGCUAAAGCUCGAAUGGCCUAUUACUACUUUGGUGAUGCUGUUAGACUUGACACAGCAUACAAAAAUGACAAGGAAUUGAUGCCUGUUGUUACAUUUAUGGGUGUAAAUCAUCACCUGCAACCUGUAGUUUUUGGAUGUGCACUGCUUGUUGAUGAGUCAGAGGCAUCAUUUGUUUGGCUCUUUGAAAACUGGCUUGCAGCCAUGCCCGCACGCCAUCCAGUGUCGUUAGUUACUGAACUAAACAGGGCGAUGGCAGUAGCAGUUGCAAAAGUACUACCAAACACCCAUCAUUGUUUUUGUAAGAAACAUGUCUUAUUUACCAUCCAACAGGAACUGUGUAAUCUGUAUUCUGUACAAACCCCAUUUGAAGGAGAACUGCAGAAAUGUAUUGAUGAUUCUGAAACAAGAGAAUUGUUUGAGUCAUGUUGGGAUGCAAUAAUUGAUAAGUAUGGCCUGAAGGAGAACACCUACCUGCAGUCCUUGUACAAUAUUCGCCAUCAGUGGGUUCCCAUCUACUUGAAGGAAAUAUUCUUUGCAGAAGUCUCCGUAUCUCAAAGGUGCGAAAAUUUUGACAAGGUUAUUGAAAAAUAUUUCACUAAAAAGACCCCUUUGCGGGUGGCUGUUAGGCAACUUAGACAGGCCAUUGCAAGUUGGUACGAAACAGAAGCCCAAGCAGAUUUUGUUACAUUGUUUGCAAAGCCGUUUCUGAGGACUGCCUCACCAAUGGAGAAACAAGCAGCUGGCAUCUACACAAGGACAAUAUUUGACAGAUUUCAGGAGGAAUUUGUUCAAUCCUUGGGUUACCAUGUAGAUAAAAUUGAAGACGGAGCAAUUAGGAGGUAUCAAGUGUUGAGAAAUGAAGAUGCUGAAGAGACAUGCAGAGUCACAUUUAAUGCCUCUGAAAACAAAGCACAUUGUAGUUGCUGCAUGUUUGAGUUAUCUGGUGUCUUGUGCAGACAUGCUUUGAAAGUCUUCAUUGUCAAUGGUGUCCGCACACUUCCAAAAGAUUACAUCCUGAAACGGUGGACAAAACAUGCCAAGAAAGGUUCUGUUUUGGAUGAUUAUGGUGUUGAGCUCAGAGGUAAUUGUGAAGAUCCUUCAACCGCAAGGUAUAAUGAUCUCUGUUGUGAUGCUGUUAGAUGUGCAAGAGAAGGGGCAACAAAUAUAGAGUUCUAUAAGGUUGCAAAGGAUGCUAUUCAAAAGGCGGUAAAUGAAGUUGUCUCUGCAAAGCAAAAGAGGGGACAGCAAACUCUUCAGAGUUUUAUAACAUCGCAAAAGAAGCAUACCAGAAAGCUCGGAAAGGUCACACCUAAAGUUGAUGCAUCAAAUAAGAAUGUAAAGAGGCUGGCAUCAAAAAGAACAUUGAUGGAACAUGACAUUAGAUGAUUUGAUGUUUUGCAGAUUGUGAGUUGUUUUAUUUUCAGUGGAGCUUGUUAAAGGAUGCAUAUUCAGAACCCUGGGAUAUGUUGAAUUUGGAGAGAUGAAUUCCAAUUACAAGAGUUCAGUAAGACCUUGAUGCUUCAAGGAGUCACCAUUUAGAGCCUCAGUGAAUGGUUGACGACUCUACAAAGCCGGAACUGGAUCGGUAUACCUGCCAGUGUUGGACUUUGACUGGCCUUUCAUAUCUGCAAGAGAUUUGCCAUGUAAAUUUGAUCAUAUUAGCUGUGCUCACAUAAGUGAUGGUCUUAUGUUGGAAAAUCUGAUGUUGCUUGAGAAAUCUUUCAUGCAUUAUGUCGGUGGCUACCACUUCCAGAAGUGUAAACCCUUUUCCUUUUCCAUCCGUCCCUGGAUUUUUGUGAUGCUUUUUUUGUCUUUUCAUUUUUUUGAAUCAUGAAAGGAUGGUAACCCGAUCAAAAUUUAUUGCGAUCACGAACAAAGACAUCAAAAUGCAGAUGGACCUGUUCUGCGUCGGUUGUAUGAUUUCAUUUAUCUUUUGCUUGAUGGUUUAUGACACAUGGUUUCU